UUCAGCUGGACCAUAUUCAGCUGACAUUUGCUAGUGUUUAUGUUAUAAAAUAUAUUCGACUACUCGCUUGUGUUUGCUUAGGAUAUUUCAAAAUAAAAACUGUUUUCAGUUCAAGUCAAAGAUAAAAAGCAAUAUAAAUGGCGAGCAGAGCGGAUUCGGUAAAAUAUGUGUACAAAGUACCGGAAAAGUUGAUUAAAAAUGCAAUGGACAUGGCCAAAUGGGAACGAUCGGAAGCUUACUAUGACCUCAUGGGAUUUAUCAGCAGUAUCUGUGUAGCUUUACAGGGUACCAAGUUGAGUCAGCAGUUUGAGAUAAAUCCAGUUGUUCAAAAGUUGAUCGAUGCAUUGAAAAGACUCGAGCAAUUGGCCAUUGAAACACCUCCGAUUGAUCAGCCAGCCCGGUUCGGUAACACUGCGUUUAGGACGUGGUUUCAGAAAAUGCAAAGCGAGAGCUCGGAGCUCAUUAGUAAUGCACUUCCCGAAAGGUUCAAAGAAGCUGUACCGGAAAUCAAUUUAUAUUUCGUCGAGUCGUUUGGAAAUGCGACCAGAAUCGACUACGGCACUGGGCAUGAGCUUUCGUUCAUAAUGUUCGUGAUUUGUCUUUUCAAAAUUGGAGCCAUUGAGCGGGAUGCUGAAGUCGCAGUAGGUUUGAAGCUCUUCAAUCAGUAUUUGAGCUUUGUUCGGAAACUGCAAGUUACAUACCGGAUGGAACCGGCGGGGAGCCAUGGUGUUUGGAGUUUGGAUGAUUUCCAGUUCGUUCCGUUUAUUUGGGGAAGUGCACAGCUGGCUGUAAACAGUCCCCUCGAGCCGGCUCAGUUUGUAGAGGACAAACACAUUGAUGAACACCGAAAGGAGUAUCUUUUCGUUAGCUGUAUCGAUUACAUCCGGCAGGUAAAGACUGGUCAUUUUGCCGAACACUCAAACCAGUUGUGGAGCAUUAGCGCUGUUCCGUCAUGGGCCAAAAUAUCUACCGGCCUAAUAAAAAUGUACCAGAAAGAGGUUCUCUCGAAGUUUCCGGUGAUACAACACGUGUAUUUCGGCUCAAUUUUGACACUGAAUCCUGUUAAACCGGGCAAAAUGAUUCCGACUCCUCGACUGGGUAUGAUUCCACGGCAAAAUAUGGGUCCACCACCUGCACCGCCAAAGUUUGACACGACACAGAAUCAAUAAGUUUACAAUGAACUGUAAAAAUUAGCUAUCCUAUUAAUUUCACAGCAUAUUAAAUUAUUUGAUAAAGUUUGAUAUCACAUACAAAUAAA